AUGGCGCCUCAGCGCUCCUAUACAAUUCUAACCAAGCGCGAAGCAAUCGCGACUGCUGAGGCGUUAGGAAGCUGCCAAGCCGCAUCAAAGAGACUAAAUAUCCCUCGCACGACUCUUCGCGACUGGCUAGACGAUAAAGAGAACAUCCAAGACUUUGCGGGUGCCCAAACCAGCAAAACCUUGAAGGGCCAGAGUGCAGCGCCGUUAAUACACUUCUCUCACGAUUUGGUAACCUUUAUGAAGGAUGUGCGACGAGAAGAAUGGAGCAGCAAACGCGAUGGCUUCAAACGUAUCUUGCUGGAGAGCAGUUUUAUGGAUGCCAAAGUGUGGGCGAUAUAUGUACGAGAGCUGCUCAAGUUCGAGAUCGAGGCACUAUCAGUGCUUAUACUCGAUAACUUCGACGCACAUGUUUCAAAAGAAGGACUUGAUGUUGUUGUCGAGACAACGUCGGCCCUGGUUUGCCAGCUACCGCCCAACAGUACAGCGGCCUGCCAGCCACUAGACGUUGAGGUUUUCAACUUUGCUUUUUGCUAA